UAUGUCCUCAAUUAAGAAUUUCACUGUGUACUGACUACAACAAAGUGCUAGCCUUCAACAUGUUAUGGAAACUCUGUGUAUUGGUAGCCUUCGGGCUCUCUGACACUGUCACUGCUACUGAUGUAGCCAAGGACCAACCCAAGAAGGAAUCAUUGGUAAGCAGGUUCUUCGGUAAGGGAGAACAACGUGCCACUGAACCUCAACAGGUAUCGGAUCCACCAAAAUACUCUGUUGAAUGGUAUCUGUUACCCGAGCCGGAAAGCAGAAAAGAACUUCGUGAAGAGUUGCCGUAUCAUUUUCUCCUUGCUGUACCAGAAGACUGUAAUCAACCUAUAUUGCCUGUAGUGGAAAAACGUAUUAGAAAGUUUUUAUCAAUGACUCCCCAAAAUAAAAGAUUAUACCGUAUAUGUUCAACUUACAAGAGUAUCUAAAUCAUCAAAUUUGUAAUACUUUGAUGAAAACGAAGUUUUCAUAAUGUAAUAGUACAAUCUCAUUAGUAGAAGGCUGCA